GUAUCAAGGUCUGUGGGAUCCCAAACAAUGAGGCAGUCAAGCAGUUGUCAACAAAACACAAGAGUGGAUGUUUGUUGUGGCACGUUGUCACUCAAUCCCUCUAAUGAACAUGGCAGCAGUGUAAUAAACGCUGCUCUCAGAUCUGUGCAUGUGUCGCUGUGUCGUCCAGGAGACCAGAAUGUUGAUUAACCCAGGAGUUAAUCAAUAGAAGGUAGAAAAGUGCAUUUUGAAAACAUAAAAAAAAAAGGAGAAAAGGAGGAGAGAGGUUGCAUGAAUGAAUGAAUGACCUCAUCACUGCCUCCACCUCCUGCUGAGUGGGAUUAUGGGUAGACCCUGGAGAGCUCUUAAGAGUGAUUGAUUGGUGAGGAUCUGAGAGGCCAAAGAAACACAAAGAUCAUUUUCCUCUGAGAGAAAUGGUGCUACCCAUUUAUAUAGGAUGUAUAACUCGUAACUGAUGGCUUAAAUCAUUCACUAAUGUUUUAUAGAUCAGUUGUUAGAACAGAUUUUGGGUUGCCAGGUUGUGGAAGAAAAAAAAUGAAUCUAUAAACAACAUAUUAAUAUUUACAGUUUUAGACUUGAUGGAUUAAAACCUUGAUUAAUGUCUUACUAACACUUAUAAGGUCAGAGCUGAUUAGAAUGUGGGUGAGUAUUUAUUAUUGAAUUUGUAGCAUUUGAAAAGAUAAACACCUGGCAACCCCAAAACUGCUCUUAUCAAUGGUCUAUAAUUGACCUAUUAAGGAUUAUUUCAUGAUUUACUAAUAGCCUAUUAAUUAAGCCAUUAGUUUCACCUUCAUAAAGGCGUGACUUAUUUGCAAAUUUGGAUUUAUUUCAAAAUAAAAGCUGAUGAAUUGGACACUGGAUGAUGCAAAGCUGCACACAGACAUCUGCAUUUUUCUGUUCCUAAUUUACCAAGAAUCACUUCAAAAAUGUAAAAAAACGUCUAGGGUUCCCUUCAUAUUUGCUCUCAGAGCUCACACCGGGUGACGAGCUGAGAACCUCAGCCUCAGUCCUGCAUUCUGACAUCACUUUGCGCUCCAGGAUACUGUCACUGUAGAGAAGCUUCGCGUAAUUGACGGUGAUGUAACAGCAACUCAAAGAAAAAAAAAACGAGCGAUAAGAAUAAUCUGCUCUGAAUGGUGCCUUUUGCUCUGCAGAGCCUCCAGCAUAAAACUGUGUCGGCUUGAAAUGCACCACUGAUGUGUGUGUGUAAGAGAGAGGGAGAGAGAGAGGGAGAGGGAGAGUGAGAGAGGAAGAGGGGGAGAGAGAGAUCACACAGUAAACACACAGCUCCUAUGGCAGAGCUGUUCCGCUUCACCAUCAUGCUGUGACCAGUUGCGCGCAGAGCCAAGAGCCAACAAGAGUCCGACCACCAACCGGGUUCAGAUCAGCUGUUGUCGGAGUUUGCGCCGCAGUGAUGCUCCUGAGCUCUUAGCGAGAGGAGAAACAGACGGGUGGGAGACAAAAAAAGAGAGACGCCGGUUUGUUGUUGUCGCCUUGUCCGCUGGACUGACAUCGCAUGGGGACAUGAACAGUGUGGAUCCAGCGUCUAACAAACUGUUGACUUUCAAUCAGCGCUCUGCCUCGGAGGACCUGGGCUGCAGGCGUGGAGACUUCAGCAGGAAACACUAUGGUUCGGUCGAGCUGCUGAUUUCCAGUGACGCAGAUGGGGCUAUUCAGAGGGCAGGACGCUUCAGGGUGGAGAAUGGCUCAUCAGAUGAGACUUCGGACUACACUCCAGGAACCUGGAGAAGAACCGAUGUCCAUCUGGAGAAUCCAGAGUACCACACCAGAUGGUUCUUUAAAUACUUCCUGGGAAAAGUCCACCAGAACUAUGUGGGCACAGAUGCAGAGAAGAAUCCCUUCUACCUGUCAGUCGUCCUCUCAGACCAGAACAACCAGCGGGUCCCUCAGUACAGAGCCAUCCUCUGGAGAAAGUCUGGCACUCUGAAGAUCAGCCUCCCCUACAGCCCGACCAAAACACUAUCAGUCAAGUCCAUCCUCAGUGCAAUGAACAUGGACAGGUUUGAGAAAGGCCCCAGGGAGAUCCUGAACCCGGAGAUUCAGAAGGACCUGCUGGUGUUGGAGGAACAGGAGGGUUCUGUCAAUUUUAAAUUUGGUGUCCUGUAUGCCAAAGAUGGACAGCUCACAGAUGACGAGAUGUUUAGCAAUGAGACGGGGAGUGAGAGCUUUGAAAAGUUUCUCAAUCUGCUGGGUGAUACUAUUACGCUGCAGGGAUGGGCAGGUUACCGUGGAGGGCUAGACACCAAGAACGACACUACAGGAAUUAAGUCCAUCUACACAGUGUAUCAGGGCCAUGAGCUCAUGUUCCAUGUGUCCACCAUGUUACCCUACUCUAAAGAGAACAAGCAGCAGGUGGAAAGAAAGAGGCACAUUGGAAAUGACAUCGUUACCAUAGUAUUCCAGGAAGGGGAUGACGCAUCGUCGUCCUUCAAACCGUCUAUGAUCCGAUCGCACUUCACCCAUAUUUUUGCAUUAGUUAGGUAUAAUAGCCAGAAUGACAGUUACAGGUUGAAGAUUUUCUCAGAGGAGAGUGUUCCACUGUUUGGACCCCCUCUCCCAUCUCCACCUGUAUUUACUGAUCACCACGAAUUCAGGGACUUUUUAUUAGUCAAAUUAAUCAAUGGAGAGAAAGCCACACUGGAGACGCCAACGUUUGCCCAGAAGCGCCAGCGGACUCUUGACAUGUUGAUUCGCUCGCUCUACCAAGACCUCAUGCCUGACCUGCACAAGGUUCCUUUUUCUCCCCAGAACAUGUUAAACCGGCGGUCAUUCAGCGACGUGCUGCCAGAGUCUCCAAAAUCAGCACGCAAGAAGGAGGAGGCACGGCAGGCAGAAUUUGUCAGAAUAGGGCAGGCUCUGAAGCUGAAGACCAUUGUGAGAGGAGAUGCCCCGACCAGCCUUGUUACCACAGGCCUGUGCAGAAAAGAGCCAUGGGAGUCCCAGUCGUUCUGCAGCACAUUCCCCUACGAGAUCGUGUGUGCUGACUCCUGGGGUCAGUCACUGCUGGUUGCCACCGACACAGCAGGGGUCAUGCUGCUGGAUGGCCCUGAUCCAGCUUCAUCCAACGCUGAAAUGCAGACUCUGCCUCCAGUGCAGGUGUUUGACAAAACCAUGGUGGUGAAGCAGAUGCACGUUCUCGAGCCUCAGGACCUGCUUAUCACCAGGGCUGACAAAGGGAAGGACGCUCGGCUCUAUGUGUUCAGACUCAGCACGCUCAAGAGAGGCCUGGAGGAGAGGCAGCUCGUCAGAAGCAAGUGUGACAGCCGGGAAAAUAAACUGGAGAAAACUAAAGGCUGUCAUUUGUACUCUAUCAACACCCACCACGGCUCAGAGCUGAGGAUAGUAGCAGCCAUCAGGAACAAACUCCUCCUCAUCACCAGGAAACAUCCACGUUUCGAAGGCUUCAGUGCCGUCGCCCCAGGAGCAGACUCACCAGUGGAGGAGUUUCAGUACAUACGGGAGAUCUGUCUGUGCGACCCGCCGGUGGUGAUGGCGCUGGUGGACGGGCCGACGGGGGAAAAUGACAAUAUGAUCUGUGUGGCCUACAAACAUCAGUUUGACCUGAUCAAUGAGAGCACUGGAGAUGCCUACCGGCUACAUCAUGUAGACGCCAACAGGGUAAAUUUUGUAGCAGCCAUUGAUGUGUAUGAAGACGGGGAGGCAGGUCUGCUGUUGUGUUACAACUAUAUUUGUUACUAUAAGAAAGUUUGUCCGUUUAACGGCUCCACACCGAUGAUCCAGUCCAACACCUCCGACUUCCACUUCAGCUGGAACCAGAUGCCCAAUGCUAUUGUUUGUGCAUUUCCUUACAUCCUGGCCUUCACAACGGACUCCAUUGAGAUCCGACUGGUGGUCAAUGGCAACCUUGUGUACACAGCGGUGGUCCCAGAGCUACAGUUGGCUUCUUCACGGUCGGACAUCUAUUUCGUUUCGUCAGCUCCGGUAAGCUCAGCCUCCAACUGCAGUUCAAGAGACACCAGUUCCCAGAGUUCCCCGCAGACGCCCACCGGCUACGAGAUGCCCGUGUUCCCUUCGCCGCUCGGUGAUGAUUCUAUACGGAUCCCCUAUGGUACCAAGCUUUCCCUGUACAUGUCUAAGGAUGCCGAAGGUGAAGCAGCGUGUAAGCACAUCUUCAAGAUCCCUCUGUGUAACUUGGUGGGCCGCAGCAUUGAAAGACCCCUCAAGUCCCCUCUGGUCAACAAGGUUCUGACGGCGCCAGCCCCCGCCAUGGUUCCCCCAACUCCCCUCAUCUCUGCAACACAUUCACUUUCCCUGUCCCGCAUGGAGAUCAAAGAGAUAGCCAGCCGUACACGGAAGGAGCUGCUCGGCUUGACAGAGGAACCGAGUGGGAAGUCAGACAGUGGAACAGUCAAACAGAGGAGGAUGAGUAAGAAGAACACAGAGGAAGAGCCCAAAGCACGAGUACUGACAUCAACAAACAGCGACAGGUUAGCCUCAGAGUCCAUUGAAGCAGACCUGGACGUCCAGCUGCAUUGUUCGUCCAGUUCGGAGGCCGAGCCAGAGAAGGUGAUGCUGCGAGCGGAGAGCCCGCCCCUAGCCAGCGCGUUCGGCCUCUCAACAUCCUUUGAAGAAGAUGUCCUGGACCUAAAGUGAAGACAAUCCCAUCGUGCACUUCUCUGCCCACCCACUCCUGUACUGUCACCAUUAUUUUAUAGUUUUGGUUGGUUUGUUUUUAAGUUGUUGUUUGAUGGAUCCUUUUUUUUCUUGUCGUUUUUUGUUUAUAUCCCUGUAUCUUGGGUCUCUCCAUUCAUCGGACAAGAUGGGUGCAGUGGGAGUUAGAAGCCGUGUCUGUGUGCGUGUUUGGUUUUCGUGAGCAGUCCCUCAGCCACUGUGUGUUGGGUGUUUGUGUUGCCCCGCAGCAAAUAACCCAAAGAGGCGAUGAGGUUGUGUAAGAUGCCGUGGUUUAGUCAGAGUUCUGCAACAGCUUCGAGAUAAUGUUAACGGUUUGAUCCCAAACCACAAACUGAAUGUAAAUCUACACACCGAGGCACAACUAAAGUCUCUGCGUUCACAAUGCCCUCGGAAGUUGCCAGAGCUUAAUAUGUGUUGUAUAUUAUGUGAUUAUUUCCAAUCCACUUUCAAAUGUUGUAUGAUAUGCAUAUGUAUGUGUACAUCUGUUUAUACAUGAAAAUGCAUACACAGUGACAGGUGUGUAUGCUUGUCAUGCCUGUGAUGCAUAUUUAUAGAUAUAUUAUAAAAAUCCAUUUUAUUCCCAUAUUUAGUAAAAGUAUGAUGUUUUAUGCUCUCUGCACAUAUUAGUCCUUAUUCUUCUCCUUAUUCACAGUACACAGGUAGACAGGGCUGGACGCAAAGUCUCCCACAAGUGCCAUUUCCCAGCAUCCUCCACUGAACUACACCUCGAACAGCCACCGUAUUCUGGUGUCUGACAGUAGCAGCCAUGAUUGUAGUCCACAUUAGAUUACUACGGUGAACCACAACUCCUUCAAUGUAGGAUAAAGUCACUUACUGGAGGCACGCUCGCAAAGCCACAUGCACUAAACAUUUUACCCCAUAAGAAUACGCCAACUUUAAAUCUGCAUGACCCGCCUUCGCUACAAGUAUUGUGUCUUCUGCCCAAAAAAUAGCUUCUCUGGAAACCAUGAGGUCUGCGACAUCAUACCAAACAUAACGGCAUAAAGUAAACCACAACCUGAGACGACAGAAGAAGUGUGGGUGUUAAAAGGAAAAAAGCCUUUUUUUUACUAGACUGUUAUGUGUGAUCAGGUACGAUGGUAAAGCAAGGGAAUUAUAGAUAAAACCACAAGUUUUAGGCAAAGAUUAAAGUUGAAAUACAGUAUAUUGUCAUAAACUGAAGUGGUAAAAGCCUAAUUUUGUCAAAAACUACUACUCACUAUACACUAAAAUAAAAUUAAGUGUGAAAUAAUUUUAGUUUUUGUCUCUUUCUGUAUGUGAAAGGUGCAGAAAGGCAGUGAACUGGUCCCAAUUAUUAAAACAUUAAUGUAGAAAUUAAAAAUAUAUAUGUUGUUACAUUACACAGAACCCAUUUCAAAUAAGUACAGAAAACAUACUUAAGGAAAAUGUUGACUUUACCCAACUAUAAUUAAAACCAAGAGUAAUCAAAAACUGAAAAAUUUUAAACAAUAUUAAAGUAGAAUAUUAAAAACUAAACUAAUUACAGCUGAAAAGCAUGUAAAAUUGGGAAAAUAUAUCAAACAAAUAACCCUGUUAGGGGUUCAGCACUCCAGCUACCAGCUACUUUAAAAAUAAAUAAUUUAAUUUGAAAUCUAAGCCCUGCUGUUUUCAAUAAAACACUGAUUUACAGUUUGGACCAAUGCACCAGUUCACUGGACACCGGUGACUUUCCAGUCCUCUUUUAUCCCAAUUUUACCACCAUAUUCCCAUUGACAAACAGCUUUACAUAACUUUAAAACCAAUGCACAAUGACACAUACAUUUAAAUUUACUGAUCAAUAAUCAGACAUGUUAUUAAUUAAACUUACAGGUUUUUUGUCGGACCCUGGUCUGGACCCUGAAUUAGUUGUCCUUCAUUCAAAGCUAGAAAAAGAAAACUUUUAUGCUGCACAAGUAAAUCCGCUGCAGUCCCCAACACCCUGGCUUUCAUUAUUAUCAUUCUGUAAAUGUGAACAGUAUGAAACUCAAACAGUGUGAACUUAAAGGGUUACUCCAGCAAUUUAGAAUUGUUCUUCCAUAAAGUCAGAGGACUCCGAAGAGACAGAUUAAAGAGAUUAAAAGGGUAGCAGCACAGGCUCUGAGAUAUUCUGGUAAUGUUAGAUGGAACCUACAUUUCCCAUGAUGCAGCUCAAUAGCAUCUUUCACAAGACCCCCCCUCUGCCUUCUCGUCUUUCUUCCCAGUUUGUAAUGCAGCCUAUCUGUUAAAACGUUUAAUGCUGCGUUCAUGUCAUAUCGGACUUAUUAUGAGUUUUUGAAUAGUAAUCGCAUUCAUGUCAAUAUCAGAGUCGUAAUUAAUGACUGGGAAACCAAUUACGGGUUGACCGAUGUGACAUGAACUUAGCAUAAGUCUCAAGCGCAAACUGAGAUAACCCUGAUGAUUUCAUUAGGGUUAUUUUCUUCAACUUUACAAAGGUCCCUCUAAAACCACAGGCUGUGUAGCACUCCUCAUGGCAAUUAAACUGAACUUCAUGUGUAAAACCAAUGGAGCACACCUUUAAAGUGUAAAAGAAAUUCAAAAUAUACACACUUAAAAACAACAAAAGGCAUGUCAGUCCAGGUUUUUUAGAGGCUUUACCUCUGUUGUCUUUGUGUGGGCAGUCAGCACUGCAGCGACCCAGGCCAGGUGUAAACCAUCACCUGCAAUCACCUCACUGGCAGGAUAAAACACCUGCAGUGUCCUGGCUCCUGGUGAAGCAGUUGUAGCUCAGAGGCAUGACUCUGGAAAAGUUUGGUCUUAAACAUAGACAGUAAAUAUAAUAUAAAUACACUUUUUCUUUCCGUUGAGUCAUGUGAGUCAGUUUGAAAGCUGAAUCUCACAAGAAACAGGGAGAAUGAUUUGAGUAAUGAACACCAGACAGUCAGUAAAACCAAAGGAGAAAGCUUUAAGGGGUUAACAAGGUGACAGGGGAGCAGUGGUUCUGACUAUGCUGAAGUCGGCAUGAGAGCGCCUCUGUGUGGUGGUUUCACAAAGCAGCAGUCUUGAGAUUUUGCAUGAGCCUCCUCUUCCUCCUUUUCCCCUCAUGCCUAUCCUCUGUUGUCCUCCUGCCUGUCUCAGUGUGAACCCCUCCAACACUAUAAUACAACUCAGAAAACUAAAAAGGGAAGAAGAAGAAGAAGAAGAGGGUGGGGGGGUUUUUUACAAAGGUACUCUACUUUAGUGUUAUUUGCUCAGAAUGAGUCUGGAUGACUGUGGGAACACUGCUUCUCCCACUUCAGUUGCUCCUACUUCUCCUGUAUUUCUGUCAAGUACUCUUUGUUUCUACCUCCCCUUGGUAUUUUCACUGUUUUUUUGUUUGUUUAGUUGUUUGUUUUUAUUUGUUUGUUUGUUUUUUGUAUUUGAAUCUAUAUUUACUGUUUAGACUGUUGCUGAACCUCUCUGUGAUAUCAAAACAAAAGAAAAUUAACAAAAAAAACACCAAGUGUCUUAAAAUAUUGUAUUGCCAUCGUUUUUAAUGCCAAGUACUACUUGUACAUGUUUGUGUAUCAAAUGUGGCCUCAAAUGAAACUGAACUAUAUUAUUAUGAUUAUGAUUAUUAUGAUUAUGAUGAUGAUUAUUAUGAUUAUGAUUAUUAUUAUUAUUUGAGCAGUUAUUUUAAACAAGUGCUGUAGACCACUGCUGUGAAAGUAGUUGAUUCUGUUCAUUGAUAUGUAAUAAAUAUUUAUGAAAUUUGAA